CUGCUGCGCAGCGCCAAAGACGGUCAAUAGACCACCAGGAUCAAGAGACAGUCGUGAUCGCACGAUCCCUGUGAAUAGGCUACUCGCAAAGUCUGUCUGUUUGGACCGAGUAGUUGCACUGGAUUAACCUACUUUAGCCUUUCAGAAAUAAAACAUGGAGCACAGUUUUAUACACCGCUCGUUGUGGACUAAUGACAGCAAAUUUCUCCAUCACCACGUCGCGGAUUUUUUCACCAGUGUACAAGUAACACAGGAUGUAGCAGCUGGAACAUCUUUCGGACCGUGUGUUCUUUACAAUACAUUUUAUGACACCAUUGCCUUCAUUGCACUGAAAUCAUCUGAUAAAAGGAAUAAAUCGUAUGUUUUUAGGGUAGAUCCUGAGGCGAUGAAAGGCUCCCCAUUAGUAGUUUCUUGGCUACGACUGGUGCAGGCUGCAAUGAGCACAGAAGACCAAAAUACUGAGGCCUACUUAAAAAGUGGACAACUACACUUUAGGACUAUUCGAGAUGUGAAACAGGGAGAGGAACUGCUCGUUUGGUACGACGAGGAGUUGUCUCUUCUUUUGGGAUUCGGAGAUAUAAAGUCAAAGGCCAUGACAGACGGCUUUACAUGCACGCGAUGCGGACAGGCCUUCAAGAACGAGAACCCAUUCCUUGCCCAUUGUCGUUUUUUAUGUGCGCAGGAAAAAGUCGAUAUAAUCCGAUCUAACAACGAACAGAAACAAGCUGAAGUCAAGCGACAACGCAAAGUCGUCGAUUUUCACAACAUUGCAAGAGAUCUGGAAGACAAAAUCAGUUCUUCUGAAGACAGUACGGCACGAAAAAGAAAACACGAUGCUUCUUUAAGCCCACGAAGCAAAAAACAUGUUUUACUGGAGAAAACCAACAUAAAUAAUCAAAUUAACACCACCUUCAAAGACUAUCCUCAUUUUCAGCAUUUGUCAGAAUCUACCAUUAAACUUAAUUCAGACAAUGUAUCAACAAAUGAUAUCACUAAAAGCAGCGCAUUUACAGCUGUUAAAAGACCACCAAGACUCGUCUCAAACCCCAAAAAUUUAUCACAAGAUGUAAUGGCACAAAAUCAAACAGACAGAGGGACUGACGCAAGUCUACAGUCCGACUACAGCGCGUUCUCGUUCGUUUUGCCAAGGAGCGCGCACUCGGAACAAAAGAGCGCGUUUUGUGAACCCAACAGGCGCUCCGAUAUUCAAAAACGAGAUGAAGAAUGCGCUCCACCGGAUUCGGAUGAUAUCUCGGACAGUUUUAAGUCAAAGCCUGCCCUAGGAUACAGAAAUGUACUUGCAUCGCACCUGUUUCAUGGUGACCUGCCAGGCACACAUGCAGGUGGAGUGAUGGCCACCCCUUUGGCUACAGGAGGGCCUUUCUAUUACGCACCCGAGCACUGGACUGGACCUAUAGGUGUUCAGCUGCAGUCUGCUUCAUCUUUGACACUUCUUCCUCCUACUUUCACUCCGUCGGGUGUUUCGGUUCAGAACUGGUGCGCCAAAUGCAACCUCUCAUUUCGCAUGACCUCCGACUUGGUGUUUCACAUGCGCUCCCAUCAUAAAAAAGAGUUCGCCGCAGAAGCUCAGGUGAGACGGAGGAGAGAGGAGAAACUCACCUGCCCCAUCUGCCACGAGUACUUUCGAGAGCGUCACCAUCUUUCACGUCACAUGACCUCUCAUAACUAAGGAGAUGAUAAACUAUUGCACUUUACCGAGACAACUGUUCACGAGAUGCCAUGCGAGCGUUUGCCCAGUGGUCUUUGUUGUUUUACAGACAUAAAUUUAAUGUUAAGUCACACAAGAGUUUAUUUACCAGGGACAUAAAUAUGAACGACGAAUUGCAUAACAUUUGUCCUAUUUUGUGACAGAUAUCAUUCGUGUCCACUUAGAUGGUUCAUUGUAUGUUAAGACACUUUUGGAUAGAGUGCCAAUACAGAAAAAGCGAUGCUUUUCAGAUUUGGGUUACUUUUAAAAAAGUGAAUUUGAAAAUAUGGAAAUUUGUUUUAAAAGAGUUGUUUAAUGAAAGUUUUUGACUAUUUAUCUUUGAUAAAGAUUCUUUGUCUUCCCCCAUAACUUAUUGCUUUUUUAAUCUAUGUAGUCUUUGGCAGUGGAAACCUACAUUGCCACUAGGUGGCUGUAGAGAUUCAUAAUUUAAUCUUUGACAUAGUUCUUACUAAUAUUGUUUUAAUUCUGGUCUCAGUCACCCUAACAGUGCCUUACAAAUGUCAGGAUAAGUAGGUAAAUGGUACAGAAGAAGGUCACUGUUAUAAAAAUGUUCAUAAGCCUUUUAAAAAACUGACUGAUACGUACACUUCACUGUUACACACCUGAAACUUUGCUUUGUACAGAGAUUUUUAUAUUUGAAAUGACAAACCUUUUCCCCUCAAAAUUGCCAAUCUUUGUUACUUUUUUUUCAUAUGUCUACUACUGAUUCUUAACAUUUUUAUCAGCACAAUGACAUGAAGGAUGUAUUUAUUAAAUUGUUGUAUAAAUAACAUUUCUAUUUCAUUAAAUAUUUUGAACAUA